AUGAAGCUCAUCAACUCGUCCUCCUCCACCAAGCGAAACUGCUUUGUUUCUUUCCUUCUCCUCUGCCUCUUUGAGCUAACAUCGGCUUCGACCAGCAGCUUGACAACUACUGUCGAUGGAAAUCAGAUUGCCCGCCGUGCAAAACGAGGCGCCAACAACAACUAUACCACGAAAUCGAAGUGCGUCGAAAAGACAACACCCAUGGACGAUGGUGGCAACAAGGUUACUACAAAGUGUGUCCACCAAGUCGUCUUUGACAACGACGAUAUCGAUACUAUGUCUCCCACUUGGAAUCCAAGCGCUACUCCAUCCACUUUGCCCACUAACAGCCCAACUUCGGCUACCAGCAGUGCGCCUACUUUGGGACCCACCUCGGGUCCAACUUCUGCUCCCAGCGGUACGCCCACUUGGGGACCGACCUCGGGACCCACAACUGGUCCUACAUCUGGACCAACCAGUGGGCCCUCCAUAGAACCCACCAGCACUGGGGUUUUGGUAUCGACGCUUCCCGCUGUUGAAGGUCGGGGCACCAAGGUCUCCUCAACCAAGGCGGCCAUUGGCGCCUUGGUCGGCGGAAUUUUGGGCUUUGCGGUUUUGGCUGUUGGAGCAAAGGCUGUCGAAACUGCCUGGAACCGUAGGUCAACAUCUGACGACUCCUCUAUUAUGGCCCUUGGUGACGAAGAACAGGCCUCCUAG